UUAUGCUCUGAUGCCUGAUGAGUUAUUUAUUGGUCACUUCCCCAGGGUAUAAAUUGUAAAGGCUAAGUAGAAGCGGGGUUCCUUCUUCUCCUUAUCCGUGCACUCCUCACUCACCAGCUGAAUCGGUGACAAUGUGCAACGCAUUGGAAUCUACCAGUGCCUUCGGACCGGCAACAUCUACAAUAUUGACUCCACACAACCCUCUUUCGAGCCAAGACAUCUCUCAGUACAAUGACUACUUCCACGCCAGCUGCUAUCUUGCGCUAGGAAUGAUCUAUCUCAAGGAUAACCCACUGCUUCGGGAACCUCUUCAGCCGCAUCAUUUAAAGCAGCGCUUGCUUGGACAUUUCGGGUCAGCACCAGGGCAAAUCUUUACUUACAUGCAUUUCAACAGAGUCAUCAAAAAGUAUGACCUGGACGCAUACUUCGUCUCCGGGCCUGGGCAUGGAGCUCCGGCCGUGUUAUCACAGUCGUUCUUAGAAGGUGUUUAUUCGGAGGUGUACCCGGAAAAGUCACAAGAUGUAGAUGGCCUUCGCGUCUUUUUCAAGAAAUUUUCUUUCCCUGGUGGAAUUGGUUCCCACACAACCCCUGAGACUCCUGGAUCUAUCCACGAAGGCGGAGAGCUUGGAUACUCGAUAUCACAUGCGUUCGGAUCCGUGUUUGAUAACCCGAAUCUGAUUGCUCUGACAGUGGUUGGUGACGGCGAGGCGGAAACUGGCCCGCUCGCAACGUCCUGGCAUAGCAACAAAUUCUUGAACCCGGUUACAGACGGUGCUGUGCUUCCAGUUCUUCAUCUCAAUGGGUACAAAAUUAACAACCCUACUAUACUGGCGCGCAUUCCUAAUGAUGAAUUGGAGAAGUUAUUUCUAGGUUAUGGAUGGCAACCUUAUUUUGUCCAAGGUGACGAGCUUUCAAGCAUGCAUCAAGCCAUGGCUCGUACUAUGGACCGCUGCGUGGAUGAGAUUCGAGCCAUUCAAGCUGCAAGCCGCACAACAGACUCACCUUCACGCCCACGAUGGCCGAUGAUUAUACUCAGAAGCCCAAAAGGCUGGACUGCGCCUCGUAAGAUUGGCGACGACUAUUUUGCUGGUUUUUGGAGAUCCCAUCAAGUUCCCAUCACGGACCCCGCAACCAACCCCAGUCAUCUGGCUAUACUGGAAAGUUGGAUGAGGAGUUACGAGCCCGAAAGACUGUUUGGUAAGCAAGGCAAGCCCCUAGCAUCUAUCACGGCUCUUUGCCCUGAGGGAGACCGUCGCAUGAGCCGCAACUCCAUUACAAAUGGUGGGUUGCUUUUGAAACCGCUGAAGCUGCCCGUGUUUAAAGAGUAUCAAAUUCAAGUGGACAGGCCUGGAGCCACAAUCAAUGCAAGCAUGCACAACUUUGGACGAUACCUCAGGGAUGUAAUCGGCGCCAAUCCUCACAACUUUCGACUCUUUGGACCAGAUGAGACAGAAUCCAAUAAUCUGGGUGCGGUCUAUGAGGUGACAAACAAAGUUUGGAUGGGCCAAAUCUUGGAAGAGGAUAGCAACGGUGGUCAUCUUGCUAGAGAAGGACGGGUUAUGGAGAUGCUUUCGGAGCAUACCUGUGAAGGUUGGCUUGAAGGAUAUAUACUUAGUGGGCGACACGGGCUUCUUAACUGCUACGAAGCUUUUAUUCACUUGGUUGACUCUAUGGUGAACCAGCAUUGCAAGUGGCUCGAAAAGAGUCUUGAGGUUGACUGGCGCGUGAAGAUUGCGUCUCUCAAUAUACUCCUCACAGCGGUUGUCUGGCGCCAGGACCACAAUGGCUUUACACACCAAGAUCCGGGAUUCUUAGACCUCAUUGCUAAUAAGAGUCCCGAUGUGGUUCGUAUAUAUUUGCCACCAGAUGGAAACUGCCUACUCUCCGUCAUGGAUCACUGUUUACGGUCCAAAAACUACGUCAACGUGAUUGUAUCCGACAAGAAGGAGCAUCUGCAGUAUUUGGACAUGAACAGUGCAAUUGUGCACUGCACAAAAGGAAUUGGUAUAUGGCCACAAUUCAGUACAGACAGUGGCCAAAGACCAGAUCUUGUCAUGGCCUGUUGCGGGGAUGUCAGUACCCAAGAGAGCCUUGCAGCAACACAAUAUCUGCUGGACGAGUAUCCUAGACUCAAGAUACGCUUCAUCAACUGCGUCGAUGUAUUUCGGUUACUUCAUCCUAGCGAUCACUCGCACGGUAUGACAGAUAGCGAAUGGGUCAAUCUGUUUACGAACAAUACUCCCAUUAUCUUCAACUUUCACGGAUAUCCUGCCUUAGUUCAUCGACUAUCAUAUAAACGACCUGGAAGUGAGCACUUGCAUGUACACGGAUACCGGGAGAAGGGAAACAUUGACACACCGUUAUUGUUGGCGAUUCGGAACGAAACGGAUAGGUUUAGUCUGGCACUACAGGCGCUAGACCUCAUUCCUGGACUGGGUAGUACAUGUGCACAUGUUAGGCAGUCGUUCCUGCAUCGGCGGAUAUCGGCUUGUCAAGAAGCGUUUGAAACCGGGAUUGAUCCCCCAGAAUUGACCAAUUGGAAAUGGACAUGGGAACAAACGAUGGAAGACAAUUAGACUAUCCUAUUCAUUGAUGUAUUCGUACAAAUGACCUAGUUACCACAAGCGAACCGUUCAGCGAUUGCGCCACGCAAGAAUUCUGGCUGAGGAGUCGCAGAAAUAGCAUUGGUGGCAGAAGGAAACGGAAGCGGCGGAAUUCAAAUUGAAGAAUUCCGAACAAUCUAGAACCAUCGUCUCAAGUCUCACCAUCUAGCGUAAUAGAUUCAGACGGAACUCGAGCCUGGUAAGACAUUCCGUAAUGGCGUGGUUGUGGCAACCUUCCGUAGAUAGACUUUCCUCCAUCAAAUUGGGUUGGCUGUGGCCUAGACUCACAGCUUCACGCUGAACAGUCCCACUAGUAAAAGCCAUGUAACCUCACCUCAAAAAGAGGAAACGCCAGACAAAUUGGUGCAUAUCAUCAAAUCGUGGCAAUGAAGCGAGCGUAAUAAGCAAGCGGCCUUGGAGGACCGAUGGCCCGUGGAGGUAGCGUGGGGGCGGGGGCAACUACUGACGUAAACUUGCCAUUUAGAUAAGAUUCCUGAUAUACAUAACUUUUAGCUUAUGGAUGAACAUGGCAAGGCCACGGCGAGGCGAGUUGGAAGCCACAGUGCAGAUAGGUGGCGUUGAAUUUCUUCGCCGCGGCCUCUUGAAGCUAACCAUUCGAUAAAUUCCUGUUCUCCGAGCAUCUGAUUGACUUAAUACUUAAGACGGCAAUUAUGAAUCGCAGAAUUGGCUUAUAUUUGAUGUUCCAAUAGGUAUGAAUGAUACGCAAACUAAGUCAUCUCGAAAGUAGCAUGUCUGCCGAGGCCUCAUUGCUGAUACCUGCGCCCAUCGUCCACAGCAGCCACCUUUCUUCCAUACCACCAAUCAUUAGGUGGGAGUUUAUUUUCUCGUCGCGGUUGCCCAUCGCCUAGUAGUCUCAGCACAAUACUGGCCGCGGAAGAUGCCGCAAGCCACUUCGGAAGAUUAAAAUAAACAAAACAGCGCAUCGGCUGAUGCCGAUACAUCUGCCGGUUUGCAAACUAGUUUGGAAACCAGCCCCGUUAACCCGCCACUUCAUCUGAGAGAAUCAGGGCGGAAUGGAAUGAGUAAACAGCUUGGCGUGGACCACGCGAUGAUGCAUCACCACAUCCCGGUACGGGGGGCGGGACUGUACGCACUCGGUGCGCUCGGGGCGUUCGGCGGCUUUCCUG